GCGACAUUGCUAACAAAAUCCUGACGCGUAGCCCACCCCUCCUUGUUUUACUGAAUAGAGAGAGGAUCUCCACAACACUACAUGUAAAAUUUGGUCAAGGGAAAUUGAGAGCGAAUAGCACAGACUCUAUUUUCGGUGUUUUGUUUUGAGUAAUGGAGGACGUAUGGUGUAAUGUAAAAGUACUAGCAGCCUGCUAGCGCUUCAUAUAUGUGUGUGUGUGUGUGUGUGUGUUUGUGUGUCUGAACGCGGGACACGCAGAGGCUUUUUUUUUUACUCAAUAACACUACGAAAGAAAAGUGUGAGCAAAUGUGUUCGGCUAAACAAAUAUAAAGGAGUCACUGGGUUGGAUUUAGGCUCGUUUCAUGAGCAAGAAGAGCGCAGAGGACCAGUAAACUUGACUCAGGAAUGACUGACAUCACUGCAGUGUCACCACAUUCAUAAAGUUCUGAUUGAGCUUAGCAGUGCAUUGACACUAGGGCGGAAUGAUCCAGCAGGGUGACUAACAGGAGGAGGAAGAAGGGGGGAGAGGAUGGGUGUGAAUGCCUCCAGCUACCCUCACUCGUGCUCCCCUCGAUUUGGGGGUAACCCACAUCCUCAGCAGACCUUCAUAGGCGCCUCCUAUGCACCUCAGGGUUAUGGCGGCGAAUCCAAGCUCUACAGCCUAGAACAUGGCCCUGAAAAAUCUCAGGACAAGAAGAAAAAGAGCUCUGGUUUGGCAACGCUCAAGAGGAGAUUCAUUAAGCGUCGCAAGUCUAGUCGGUCAGCUGAUCAUUCACGGCAGAUGCGUGAGCUCCUGUCGGGGUGGGAUGUACGUGAUGUUAAUGCCCUGGUUGAGGAGUAUGAGGGCACGGCGGCUCUAAAAGAGCUUAGUCUGCAGGCGGGCCUGGCCCGGCCCGACGCUCGCACCUUGCAACGGGACUUGGCAACCCUUUAUCAGCACAAGUACUGCACUGACGUGGACCUGAUCUUCCAGGAUUCCUGCUUUCCAACCCACCGUGCCAUUCUGGCUGCCCGUUGCCCCUUCUUCAAGACUUUGCUUUCGUCGUCACCGGGUUAUGGAGCGGAGGUGUUGUUGGAUGUUGGCACAGCAGGCAUGGAUGCGCCCAUGUUCUCCUCGUUGCUGCAUUACCUCUAUACAGGUGAGCUGGGCUCAGAGGAUGCAAGGCUGCAGAAUGUGGAUGUGCUGGUGAGACUGAGUGAGGAGUUCGGUACGCCCAAUUCCCUAGAAGCAGACAUGCGAAACCUCUGUGAGCACAUGCCGUAUUUUGACUCGCUGCUUAGCUUCUCCUCUGACUCUGAGCUGGUGGAGGCUUUUGGAGCCGGUGGCCCUGCCCCUAGUAGUGGAGGAAGUGGAAACGCUGGCUUAAGCCACAGCUCACCUGACGAAGAACUGAGGGCACACAAGGCCGUGCUCUCGGCACGCUCGCCUUUCUUCCGCAAUCUGUUGCAACGACGCAUCCGCUCGGGUGAAGACAUCACAGAGCGCACUCUACACACCCCCACCCGUAUUAUCCUUGAUGAAUCCAUCAUCCCCAAGAAAUAUGCCUGUGUGGUCUUGCACUGCAUGUACACCGAUGCAGUGGACCUGUCACUGGUGCUGCGUGGGAGCCCCUCUGAAGGCAGUUUGGGUGAAGUUCAGGCACUGGUGGCUGGUCGGGGGUGCAUAAGCCGGGCGGAAGAGGCCAUGGAGCUCUACCACAUUGCUCUCUUCCUAGAAUUUAGCAUGCUGGCUCAAGCCUGUGAAGACAUUGUGGUAGAGAGCAUCUCGCUGGACUCCGUGGUGGCCAUUCUGAAGUGGAGUUCACAGCCCUACGGUUCCAAAUGGGUUCAUCGGCAGGCCAUGCACUUCCUGUGUGAGGAGUUCAGCCAGGUCAUGACCUCUGACGUCCUGUACGAACUCAGCAAGGAGCACCUGCUGGCAGCCAUUCAAUCUGAUUAUCUGCAGGCCAGUGAGCAGGACAUCCUGAAGUAUAUGGUCAAGUGGGGUGAACACCAGCUUAUCAAGAGGAUGGCUGAUAGAGAGCCUAACCUGCUGAGUGGCACUGCACAUAGUGUGAAUAAACGUGGCGUGAAAAGAAGGGAUCUGGACCUGGAAGAGCUGAAAGAGAUUCUCUCUCCGCUGCUACCUUUUGUCCGAACUGAGCACAUAUUACCCACCAACAGCGAAGUCCUCUCUGACACUAUGAAGAGGGGUCUGAUCAGCACCCCUCCCUCUGAUAUGCUGCCCACUGCAGAGGGAGGCAAAGCCAACGCCUGGCUCAGGCAGAAGAGUUCUGGCAUUUAUGUCCGCCCACGGCUCUUUUCUCCGUAUGUAGAGGAGGCCAAGGCGUUUCUGGAGGAGAUGAUGGUUGAGCAGACCGAUCUAGUGAGGUUGCGCAUGGUACGCAUGUCCAACGUACCAGACACGCUUUACAUGGUCAACAAUGCCGUCCCCCAGUGCUGUCACAUGAUCAGCCACCAGCAAAUGGCUGGUAGCCAGACAGCUCCGCCAUCUGUGGUUGCUAAUGAGAUACCAGUGCCCAGGUUGGCUGUAGUGAAGGAAAUGAUUCGUAGGCUGCAGGAGCUGCGUCACACAGACCAGGUGCAGCGAGCGUAUGCUCUGAACUGUGGUGAGGGUGCCACAGUCAGCUACGAGCUGCAGAUUCGUGUGCUUAGAGAGUUUGGCCUACCUGAUGGGGCAGCAGAACUCCUACAGAAUCCGCACAAAUUCUUUCCUGAGGAGCGUUUCGGAGAUGAGAGUCCCAUCCUGGCCCUGCGCCAGUCAGGUCGCUGUCGAGUCAACAGUACACCAGCUGUAGAGAGCAUGUUCACUGACCUGGAGGCACUGGUGGGCUUCCACCCUCCUCUACCUCCACCACCUCCACCCUACCAUCCACCGACCACCCCGGGCCAAAACCAGCAGCAGUUUAAAGCAGGCUGGAGACCCCGGGUCCCCAGCCAACCUCCCUCCAGAUCUUUCUCCUACCCCUGCAAUCAUGCAUUUCUCCUCAGGCAGCCCUCAUCCAAAAUGGGCGGCCCAGUCUACCCACCAGGAGCCAAGCCCCUGCCUCCAGACUGCACUAAUGCACAGGGGGGAAGGAAUCUUCAUCCUGACAAGCAAAUGCAGAACAUGGAACCUGUCAUCAAUGAGUUCAUGCCAGACAUCGCAAUGGGAGUGUCAGCAAUGAGCCUGAAAGAGCAACGCCUUACGGAGGUCUCCAUGGAGGUGGAGAGUCACGGACCCCACCCUCAUCUUUCAACAGCACACCCCAUGUCUCACAGCUACUCCACCCGUCACCCUCACUCCUCCCGCAAGCGGCACGCAGCCGAGCCCAAGCCCGAGGGCCCGCAGCCUGACUUCCCUGACCUCUACGAGUUCCCAGGCCGCCACGUGCCUCCCUAUAGCGGACCGGAUCUCUACAUCCACAGCCGUCAGGCAAGCGGUGGGCCGUCCCCACUGGCCUACUCUGAGGCAUCAGAGGCAUCCCUCCGAUUGGAUGUGCUGGAACAGCCUCCUCAGAGACUGGACUUGGCAAUUGUCUCACAAGGUGGUGUCGCACUAGCUGCACAGAGGUCACGGGCCUUAAACGAGACAGACCUCACCUGUGGGCUUGGACCCUCAACAGUACAGUAUGAAGAGUGGACCACGGGUCGGCGGCCAGCUCCAGAGGGAAUGGGGCUUGGGUUAGGGGGUAAUGUAGGGACUGGGGAAGAGGGAGGGUUGGGUGCCCGAGACCGCAGGUCACCUAACAAACCCGAAUACCCAUACAGGAAGUCUGCUCUCUGACCCCUGAUUAAAAAGAGGGGGCAGUGAAUCUGACGACUGAUAUAAAUAUUAAGUGUAAGCUAACAGGUGAGGCACCAGCAGUCCUGCACUUUGUUUUCUUUGGAGGGGUGACAGUAUCUUGCAGGGAUGAGCGCCCAUAAGCUAUAUGUGGGUGGCUUCCUUUAAUAAGUCUAAAGGCAGACAUCACAUAAACUGCUCCAGAUAGGUUUAAAACCCAGUAGGACAAGGUGAGGUGAGAGAUUGGUUUGAUUGUGUGCACCCUGAAAAGAGGGGAAAAUGCUAAAUAAUCUGAGGCUUCACAUAAAUUGCCUCUUUAAACUGCCCUGAAUUUGACAAGUCCUCUUGCCACUGAAUGCCCAGGAUUACUUUGCUGGUUCUCUGGUCCUUAUGUUUUCCUUUUGAUGACCCAUGACUCAAAACAGGUUUUCCUCUCUGGGUAUUCCAGAGCUGCAUAUCAAUAUUCACAUAUCACAGUAUAUAUAUAUUUACUUCAAUUUCCCUUCCACUGAAAGAGCGGACUGGGAUGACUGGAGAAUUAUGUAUUUAUUGGGAUGCACAGAUUUAUCUUUCCUUUAAAUUGGAAGGCAAUAAGUAGCAAACUCAUUACUUUGUCUAGUCCUUUAUAAAUGGAUGCCUCUUCUUUUGAGGGCAGAGUGGCAGUAAUAGCUUGUAUAAUCCACAGCAUUCCCUGGCUUUUACAUUAGCUUGUGCAUUUUAAGAACCGAGAUGGAAAAUAAAAUGGAAACAAAUGAAAUCCCCUGUCUCCUAUGAGGCAACUUGUCAGGCAUAACAAUGGCACAGAUGCACCAUUUAAUGUGGUACUUUGUCUUUGUUUUACCAUAUUUCACAACCUGGAUAUGUAGAGUCAUUCCUGUGCACAUUUAAAUUAACAAAAAUGUGGCCCACUCUUUUGCAUUACGGUUGUCUUUUAAAGGCUGCAAUUGGUGGCACUCCUGAGCAAUGGUUCAUAGUCUUUUUAAGCUAAAUGUGGGUUCAUUAUCAGUUGUACAGGGAGCUCAAUCAAACCAGCCUCAGGCCUGUAUCCUCCGUCCUCUGGUAUGGUUGGACAGCAGAAGUCCAUGGGCAGGAAUUCAUUAGCUUUUCAGUGCUAGUCACUGAGUUCUGUAAGUAGAUGUCCAACAAUUAUGAUGUCAAGAACAGGCCUUGCAAAAAAAGAAGAAAAAAAAAUAUCUGAGAAGUGUUACCGACAACAAUUUAGAGAUUUCAUAUUUUUUUUACAAUAUGUUAAACGAUAUUUUACACAACAAUAUCAUGCACUGCUGCACGCCCUACCCAUAGAUGAACUUCCUUACUUUAAGCUUUUUUCUUUUUACAUCAGAAGUACCUGUAUCCUUGAACUGUGCAAUAGCGCAGCCUUUUCAUUUUAACAUGAAUUUUAAUCUCUUCUUGUACAAUAAGAUUCCUUCUCAGAUGAUCAUGCUGGCACAGCAUAUAUGCAGGCUUAAGCUAAUCAACAAUAUCCUAAUAUGUGAUGGUACUGUAUUCUCACAAGUUUGUGAUUACAUAAGAUUCUUUUGUUGGAUUAGACCUGGUAGGACCUCUGAAAAUCCAAACAAUCUUUUGCCAUAUCCAUCCCACGUUCUUCACUUAAGAGUGCUUCUUUCAUUGGGGCACAAGAUGUCUUGUGUUGGUUGAAAGCACAAAAAUUCUGAGAAAUACUGAGAAUGUCAUAUUCUUGGUCAGUUAUGAGUGCUUAGACAUUUUACACUCUGGUAAAAAGGCUUAAGUUUUAGUUGGUUGGAUCAGGUUUGGUUUUUGACUUUUGAGAAUGUCUGAAGUGACUAAAACCCACAGUUAGACCAAAGAUGGGUUAGAAAGGAUCUUUAAGUUGUAGGAUUUUUUUGUUGUUGUUGCUUGGUAAAUCCAUCUAACAUCAGCCAGGUUUUUUGCCUCUUGGUAAGUUGAAUUGAAACCAUUGGGUUUAGAUUUCUUGAUAGUUGCACAGGCUCUUCGGUGACCGAUUGUACGAGGAACCUUCAUCAUCAAUUGAUUUUCUUUAUCCCCAAGGCACUUUGACCAACAGAAAUGGCCUUAAGACUUGCCUCUCUAGUUUUUCAGCUGCGUUGAUUAAGGAGUUAAACUGCCGUAUCUGCAGUUAUGGCCUUAUGACCUUACCUAGGGAAAUCCAGUUCUCCAUCUUAAAUCAAAUAAGGUCUUUGUGCCAGAGAGAGAGAGAGAGAGACACUCUUUCUGCACAGUCUCUACCUCUGACCAGCUUUUCUCUACAUGUACUUUAAAGUCAAUUCGAUUUUCUUUUUCCCUUCUUUAUAUUCUUUUCAAAUUAUUCAAACCUCUUGGGCCUCACCUUGAACAUUUAUCAUUGAGGGAUCAGAACAAACAGCUGGAAAUCACAUUUUCUUCCCCUUUUCACAUAUAUUUCUAUGAAGAACCUCUCCCUCCUCCUUUCAUCUUGUUGUUUUAUUCAAUUGAGUCAACGUGACAACAUGGGAAGAUGUUCAAAUAAAGAUUGAAGCUUUUUAGUGUAAGGUGUACCAAGCUUUCUGUAGCCCACACAAAUUAUUCAUCUGUGUGCCAUCUUACACAAUCAUUUGUGGUAACUAAAUCUAUAAUUGAUGCAGAUAUUAUUAAUGGCAGCAAUUAUUCUCCCUUAAAUAAAUCUACCUUUGGUUAUUUAUCAGAAAUAGCUGUUGGUGUAUAUUUAUAUAUUAGCCUAUGUCAUGAACCCUAAGUGGGAGAGCUGUAGUUUAUAAUCCUUCUAAGCUUAAGAGGGUCAGAUCCAAAAUUAGACACAGUGUAGACCCUGCCUGGGGUACAAGCAAUCUCCUCAGAGAGUUAAAGUCAUCUGAAACUGACCGCAGUUGGUAGGAGGCUUUCGGGCAGAAGACUGCUUCUCUCUUCUGAAUGUCAAGGACGUAAUUCUCUUUAUGUCAGGCAUGCUGUUCUGCUGGCUAUCAGAUCCAUGGGGAUUUUCAGUCUGUGAUGCAAAUGAUUUAACUGUUCCAUUGGGUUUUAAACAAAAUAAUGUGUGGAGUUUCAGCUGCAUAUUUUCAUCAGUGACAGUUCAGUAAGCAAUGCAUGCACUGCAGCCUACUUGACCCUACCUAACCUGACCUCAUUCACGUUCUGCAGCAAAAAAAGAGGCAGAGUGAAUCCAUUUAUUAACCACUUUCUUUCUGAAUAAAUAGACAUUUGAUCCUGGAUUUAUUUCUUUGAAAGACACCAGAGCAUAGAGUCUUAGUCAUGAAAAUCUUUUGACCUUGCAGAUCCUGCAGGCUUUGUGUCAGCAUGUUGGUAAUAACUCAGACUGCCCGACAUGCAGGAUGUUUUACCAGCAGCUUGCAUGUUCUCCUUUAGAUGUGUAAGAAACUGCGACACUUGUCAAAAGCUCUUUGUGCAGUCAUUUAAAUUCUCAGUGUUUCAGGUUUGUAACCCAGUAUUAUGCGGCUGUCAUUCUGAGCAGCCACAUCUGCUGUGGGUCCAUCUUUGUAUACUGAUGCUAUUCUGAACUGGGUCACCUACGUUUUGAAAGUAGACCUCUCAGCAUGACAUUUCUCAUGGUUUGUUUUUAAAAACUGGAUUUCCUGUUCUUACGGAGCAGUAGUUUUGAUUUUCUAGACUAUUAUAUUACCUGUAACUCCCAAGCUUCACAGAAUUGGCGGUAGCACUUCCUUCGAGGCAGACGAAAGGAGAUUUGAAAGUCUGUCAUGUCAUUCUAGUGAAUCGCACUUGCUGCGUAGCCGUGACCCAAAAUCGACAGAUGGAUAUAUAGGCCUUCUGCUGCUACUCAGAGGUUUUCCUGCCAGCGGAGAACAUUAUAUCUUGACGUCAAUGUCAAUCCCAGCGAAGGCUACGAUCUAGUCCCAUAUAGACCCAGGCAUGCCUUAAUCUUAAAGGGAGGUUAGGAAAACUCCUAGAUUGCCUCCACCUCUGCUCUACUCAGGCCACAUUUAACUGCUAAAAAGUCAUUUUAUUUAAUGUUAUAUAACACCAGUCAAAUGUUCACAUAGACCUUUGAGUCAUUUGAGGGGUAUAUUACUUCGGGUUCUGAGUGCUGCAGAAGUCAUUGCACAUGGUUGAAGGUAUUAUUUUGUAUUCGAGAUGCACACUGACCUCAUAAUUAAUACAUUUCUUUUACAAAUGCUAUUUGUGGUCAUCUGGGCUUGGUCAGAUUUGUGGGUUGUGCUCCUGAGAGACUGUUAGGGUUAAAGAUUGAGUUUGAAAUGUAUUUGAUUUCUCCCAAAUGAGGAGCUUUAAUUGUUGUUUAGUCUGUCUUGUCAAACUAAAUUUAAAAGAACUCAUUUAACUGGUACAUUCUUUGAUGUAACCUUUUCAUUACAAAAAAAAAAAAAAUAGUUGGUUGGUUUGUUUUUGGAGGGAAUAAAUUUGGCCCAUACUUGACAUCUUAAAUCAAGGAAUAAAAGCUAGUACAGAUGAAGGUAUUGCACUAAAGUUUUUGAUGGUAAUGUUUGUAACAUUUGUUGAAUAGUGCCCUCUGUUGGCCCUAUUGAUUUUUGACUGAAAUUUCUAGCUAGAUUCGCAGCCAAGUCAUUUUAUUUACAUGUUCAUUCCUAAUCCUUUUAGUAUUAUUUUUGCAUGGCGUUGCGUUAUUUAUCUCCAAAGUGCCGCAAGGCUGAACUGAACGAAGGUUUGUGUUUGGAUGUUCAAGGGCAAGGGAAGUUGUGUUUGCAGAUCUCCAGGUUCUCUCUCAUGCUAUCUCUCUAAUGGAGAUGGUUUAGUGCCUUCCCUGCCUGAGGCUGGGCUUCCUCCACACCCCUUUUGUCUUAUGCAAGCCGUUUCUACAAACUUCUGUUGAACGUCUCUUUGUAAUACUGUAGCCAACGCUUAGUGUGCAUAAUGUUUAUUUUGUUUGUUUUUUUCCCCUAAAAAAAUAUUUUUCAAGAUUUUUGGUACCUUUGAUCACAGGCCUCAGAAAUAUGAUGUUUUGUUGUAUGUAAAAUGUAAAGUUUUUUUUAUAAAUAUAUAUAAAACAUGCUAUAUCUGAGACAUUUUGUGUGUGUGUCUAUGUGUGUGUGUGUAUAUAUACAUAUAUAUAUACACACACACAUAUACACACACACAAAAAGCAUUCUUUUGUGGAGUUGUGGAAAGUGUCUAUUUUUCUAUUCUUUACUUUGGGCGGUGUAGUUAUGAACUUUACUCUGCAAUUAGGUGACUGUCUUGAAAAUAAAUAGCUUUGAGAUAUAAUGCACAUUUCUUGGUUUUUUUUAUUUUUUAUUACUGAAUCUCAAGAGCAGCACCUUCGCUAUUGGUGGGAAAAUUGCAUCAUUCCAUUGCAUCUUUUUCUCAUUAAAUAUUCUGCCAAACAUCUCCUAUUGUGUCCACUAGAGGAAAGUAAUUCACAAGAGUAAAUGAUAACAGAAUUGUUAUUUUGGUAGGAACCAUCCCUUUGAAUCUAAUGGCCUUGAUGAAAGUUUAGCAAAUUAAUUACUGGACAUAAUCUCAACAUUGCACAAAAUCAUUCAAUCCUGUAUUAACAUACAGGUCCAAAACAAAUCCAAACCAUGUGCAAAGCUUGAUGGGUUAUUGACAA